AAUAAUAUAGAGAGUUGUUUAGAAGUUUAUUUUAUUUAAAAUUGAAAAUUAAAUAAAUCUAUCACAAAAUAUAAUGGCACAACCAACAGUUAAUGUAGCUGGCUACUUGGCUAAUCAAAAGAAAACAACGAAUAAAGAACUGGCCACUGAAUGGGCUGCCUUGGAAGAUCUCCAUAAUGAAAAAUUAUGGAACGAAUUAACUAUAAAAUUGAACAAAUUUGUUCGAAAUGCUGCUAUGCAGGAUGAGGAUGCAUUAUUACAAUUAUAUCAAAACUUCUUACAAACAUUUGAAAUGAAAAUCAAUCCCUAUGGUUUAGUUGAAAUUGUGGAAGUUAUUGUUGACCAAAUUACCGACAAAAAGGAAGCCGUCGAAUUUUUGGGUAAAAUUAAGGAUAAAGUGAAGAUUUGUGAUGAAGCUGUUUGGUAUGUUCAGGUUCUCCAAGGUAACAUCUACUUGUCAGAGCUUAAUGAUUUGGAAGCUUGCAAAAAAAUCAUUGAAGAAUUACGUGACAUCUUGGAAGAUGUGGGUAAUGUUACACCAGUUCAUGGCAAAUACUAUAUGUUAGCUUCACAGUACUAUCGCCGUGUUGGCAAACACAGUGAUUAUUACCGUUGUGGCUUACAAUUUUUGGGUUGUUCAAUUGAAGACUAUCCUAAAGAUCAAUGGGCCCAGCAGGCAUUCUUUCUGGGUUUGGCGGCAUUAUUAGGCGAUGGCAUUUACAACAUAGGCGAAUUGCUUGCCCAUCCAAUUUUGGCAUCAUUGAAGGGAACAGAGAACGAAUGGUUGAUGGAGUUGCUUAAAGCAUUCAACGUAGGAGAUAUUAAAAAGUUUAAUGAAAUGAAACCAGUUUGGUCUAAAAUUCCCGAUUUAGCUGCCCAAGAAAUAAAAUUGCGUCAGAAAAUUUCUCUUUUAUGUCUGAUGGAAAUGACUUUUAAACGAUCAGCCACACAACGUUCAAUUUCCUUUGAAGAUAUUGCAAACGAGACACAAUUACCUCUUAAAGAAGUUGAAUUGUUAAUUAUGAAAGCUUUGGCAUUAGACUUGGUAAAAGGAGAAAUUGAUCAAGUCGCUGGUGUCGUUAAUAUGUCUUGGGUUUUACCUCGUGUACUUGAUCGUCCACAAAUUGCUGGAAUGGCCACAACAUUGGAUAAUUGGAUGUCUAGUAUCAGUUCGAUGGAAAAAUUGAUGGAAUCACGUGCUGCUGAAAUUUUAACCAACUAGUAUACUUGCAAUAUAUGCAAACAUUUAGUUUAAACUCAAAUAAACACACAUUUUGUAAAAUAUAUAUUUAAACAAA